UUAUAUAUUGCAGUUCUGAACAGUGUUGAUGAAAGGUUACACAGGCAAAAAUGGUUUCUCUAAGGUUUUCUCUUUCUCUGUUGUUCAUCCUGGUGGCGGUAAUACAAGCGCAGGCCUUGCAAUGCUACAUAUGUAACGACUGCGAAAGUGGAUAUGAAAAUAGUGUAGCAACUUGUCAAGCAUCUGACACGGGUGGAAGCACUACAGCAAGCACAAGCGCAGGCACCGAAAGCACUUCAGCAAGCCCAAGCACCGAAAGCACUCCACAAAGCACAAAUACAAGCACUGAAAGCACUCCACCAAGCACAAAUACAAGCACCGAAAGCACUCCACCAAGCACAAAUACAAGCACUGAAAGCACUCCACCAAGCACAAAUACAAGCACCGAAAGCACUCCACCAGGCACAAAUACAAGCACCGAAAGCACUCCACCAAACACAAAUACAAGCACCGAAAGCACUCCACCAAGCACAAAUACAAGCACCGAAAGCACUCCACCAAGCACAAAUACAAGCACCGAAAGCACUCCACCAAGCACAAAUACAAGCACCGAAAGCACUCCACCAAGCACAAAUACAAGCACCGAAAGCACUCCACCAAGCACAAAUACAAGCACCGAAAGCACUCCACCAAGCACAAAUACAAGCACCGAAAGCACUCCACCAAGCACAAAUACAAGCACUGAUAUCACUCCACCAAGCACAAAUACAAGCACCGAAAGCACUCCACCAAGCACAAAUACAAGCACCGAAAGCACUCCACCAAGCACAAAUACAAGCACCGAAAGCACUCCACCAAGCACAAAUACAAGCACAGAAAACACUGCACCAAGCACAAAUACAAGCACUGAUAUCACUCCACCAAGCACAAAUACAAGCACCGAAAGCACUCCACCAAGCACAAAUACAAGCACCGAAAACACUGCACCAAGCACAAAUACAAGCACCGAAAACACUGCACCAAGCACAAAUACAAGCACCGAAAACACUGCACCAAGCACAAAUACAAGCACCGAAAACACUGCACCAAGCACAAAUACAAGCACUUCAACAAGUACAAAUACAAGCACAAGUACAAAUAUCGAAAGCUCCGAUGACGAAAACAUAGACGUUCAGAGGAGAUUCCGGAGAAACGUGAAAUUCUUCAGAGCUAACUCGACCCUGGCCCGAUGUGUCAUCAUUUCCUAUGAAGAAAACGGCCAAAAAAAAACAAAUCGAGGAUGUUCAAUUGGUGAAAAUGUGACCAAUGAAGAUAGGUGUAGAAAUGUUGCCGGCAACUACAAUGGCACUCUCAGCCGUUGUUACGUUUGCGAGGGAGACAAAUGUAAUUCGGCGACGAGGACAACCAUUGCCUUCGUACCAUUUUUAAUCGGCAUGAUCAUUAAUUACGUGUUAAAUUAUUAACUAUGCGAGCAAAAUAAUAUAAGGCCAGACUCAGUGAUCAUCACUGAAAGAAAGCCAUUGAACUAAUUUGACAUUGAUUGGCUCUACAUUGCUGCUUCACUGAGCGAUUUAAAAGUAAUUUUUCAUAGCAUACAGUCGAUUAACAAUAAAUGUCAAAUGAGCUUAUUGGCUUUCACUCAGUGAUGAUCACUGAGUUAACGAAUCGCCCGCUGAACUCGCUGACCACUAGACGGCUCGUCGUGGCUCGUCGCAACUCCCCACAUGCGCACGCAGCGAAUGCUAGGACCUUUUUUUGAGAAUUUUUAGGGUUCUGUUCCUGGAGUGUGCCAGCCGGACCCUAUUACUAAGCCUCCGCUGGCCGUCCAUCCAUCCGUCUGUCUGUCAAUGAGCUGUAUCUCAUGAACCCUAAUAACUGUAGAGUUGAAGUUCACAGAUUGAAAGAAAGAGAGAAACCAACUUGCACUUCACUAAUUUUUUCUAAAUCUAUACAUAGGUAGAUAUAAAAGGAGAAACUAACUGGAGAAACUCAUAUCAACGUAUCUGCAGCUCACAUCACAGCAUCUAAAAACUUUAGAUUUAGCAUGAAGGUACCUAAAUUCUCAUUAUAUCAUAGCCCGCCAUUGGGAUAGGAUAUUGAUAAAUCCUAGAGGGCUUGUCAAGUAAUUAAAUUGAUAAAUAUAUUUUUUUAAAGUGCGUUUGAGCUGUGUGUUUAUAGAUCAGUUGGUUUUAACUUUUAUAUAAAUUUAGAUUUAAUAGGUAUCUUUAGUUCUAAAGGCUCUUCACUUGUCCAAAUUCCAGUCACACUUUCAGCAGGUUAUUCAAUGGCAAAUCAGUUAAUUAAAUCAUAAUAAGAUCAAACAAUCUUAAAAAGUUAAAAAAUAGGUAUUUGGUACUUUACAGGCUUAAUAGCUAUGUAUUUUCAAAAUAAUUUUGUUUGGACGCACUGUAAAUUAAAUUUAAUAUUA